AUGAAGACGGAUUUCAAGUUUUCCAAUCUUUUGGGAACUGUUUACCGCAAGGGAAAUCUACUCUUUACUCCCGACGGUACCUGCCUCUUGUCGCCAGUGGGCAACAGAGUCACUGUUUUUGAUCUAGUCAACAACAAAUCAUAUACCCUUCCUCUGUUCCAUCGCAAGAACAUUGUUCGGCUCGACCUCAAUCCUCAAGGCAAUCUACUUCUCACCGUUGACGAAGAUGGGCGUGCUAUCUUAACCAAUUUCAAACGACGCAUUGUUAUAUAUCAUAUUUCAUUCAAGGGCCCAGCUGAUGCGCUCAAAUUCUCUCCGUCUGGCCAGCAUUUCGCCGUGGGCAUUGGACGGCGGCUGCAGCUAUGGCAAACCCCCUCAGUCCCCGGAACCGACGCUGGUGGAGACUUAGAAUACGCGCCAUUCGUUCUGCAUAGGGAACUUACGGGGCAUUUUGAUACGAUUCAAAACAUUGAGUGGUCGAGCGAUUCUCGUUUCAUCCUUACAUCGUCCAAGGACUUAACAGCGCGGGUAUGGAGUUUGGACCCGCAAGACGGAUUCGAGCCGACAACUCUGGCGGGACAUCGGCAGGGAGUCAAGGCGGCAUUUUUUACUGCAGAUCAAGAAGCUAUUUAUACUGUGAGCGAGGACGGCGCACUUUUCCGAUGGGAAUAUACCACGAAAAGACUAGAAGAUGAGGUAGACGGUGAAGAGCGCUGGCGGAUUAUGAGAAAAGACUUUUUUCUCCAGAAUGACGCCAAACUGAAGUGCGCUUCUUUUCAUGCACAGUCUAACCUACUAGUGGUUGGUUUCUCAAACGGCAUUUUUGGACUCUAUGAAUUGCCAGACUUUAACAAUAUUCAUACAUUGAGCGUUUCACAAAGUAAUAUUGAUUUUGUCACCAUAAACAAGUCUGGCGAGUGGUUGGCAUUCGGAUCGUCUAAAUUCGGCCAGCUCCUCGUGUGGGAGUGGCAGUCUGAAUCAUAUAUACUCAAGCAACAGGGACAUUUGGACUCGCUAAAUUCUUUGGUUUACUCGGCAGACGGACAGCGAGUGAUUACCACAGCUGAUGACGGCAAGAUCAAAGUGUGGGAUACCUCGUCCGGAUUCUGUAUUGUAACAUUUACAGAACAUACCGGCGCCGUCACGGACUGCAAAUUCUCGAAAAAGGGAAACGUUCUGUAUACAGCCUCAUUGGAUGGAUCAGUCAGAGCCUGGGACCUGAUAAGAUAUCGCAAUUUCCGAACAUUUACAGCUCCUUCUAGGCUUGGGUUCACUUCUCUCGCUGUUGAUCCAAGCGGAGAAGUGGUUUGCGCCGGCUCUCAAGAUUCCUUCGAUAUCCAUGUCUGGUCCGUGCAGACUGGUCAAUUACUCGAACAACUCGCCGGGCACGAAGGGCCAGUUGUGUCGCUCGCUUUUGCUGCAGAUGGCAGUAACCUGGUUAGUGGUAGCUGGGACCGCACUGUCCGGAUAUGGAGUAUAUUUGGUCGAUCGCAAACUAGCGAGCCAUUGCAAUUGCAAUCCGAUGUUUUGAGUGUCGAUAUGCGCCCUGACGGGAAGCAAAUAGCUGCAUCAAGUCUUGACGGACAACUCAGCUUUUGGAACGUAUUCGAUGCUGUUCAAGAAAGUGCUAUAGAAGGGCGUCGUGAUGUUUCUGGAGGUAGAAAAAUAUCUGAUCGACGGACAGCCGCCAAUGUGGAGGGCACAAAGUCAUUUACGAAGAUUACGUACAGUGCCGAUGGCACUUGCUUGCUAGCUGGAGGCAACAGCAAAUACAUUUGCCUGUAUGACGUGACUACUGGCUCGCUGGUCAAGAAGUAUACUGUGUCCGUGAACAUGUCCAUUGAUGGCACUCAAGAAUACUUGAACAGUAAGGAUUUGACCGAAGCCGGACCUCGUGGCCUGCUUGAUGAAGCAGGGGAGGCGUCUGAUCUCGAAGGUCGUAUUGAUCGUAGCCUGCCAGGCGCGAAACGUGGCGAUGCUGGGGCGAGAAAUACAAAGCCAGAGGUCCGAGUCUCCGCUGUCUCAUUUGCGCCAACUGGCCGAUCGUUUUGUGCGGCGACGACGGAAGGACUUUUAAUCUAUAGUCUUGAUACGGAGUUCGUCUUUGAUCCGUUCGACUUGGAUAUAGACAUCACCCCAGAUUCCAUCUUGGAUACGCUACAGGACGCCAAAAAGUCGUCGCAUGCCACUUCCACCGAUGAUGCAUCGUUCCUCAAAGCUUUAAUUAUGGCGUUCCGUCUGAACGAAGCACCACUCAUCCGCACCGUAUACGAGAGCAUUCCUUAUCGUGAUAUUUCUCAUAUCGUGCGCUCCAUUCCUCAGGCAUAUCUUCCGAGAUUCAUUCGAUUCAUUGCGCACUCAACAGAGGAGACCCCACAUUUCGAAUUCAACUUGCUCUGGAUUGAGUCUAUUCUCAGUGUACACGGCCGAUACCUGAAGGAGCAUAAUGGUCAAUUAGCACCGGAACUGCGCGCUUUACAGCGGGUUCUGGAUGACUUUAGGGACAGCCUCAAGCGUCUUACAGAGAAGAAUGUGUAUGGGUUGAAUUAUUUGCUGUCUAAACCGGUUCUUGCUUCCAAGAAGGCCAAUAAUACGCUAAGGAUCAAUGAGAGUGCGCCUGUUGAUCAAGAAAUGAUCGAAAUAGAAUAA